AUGUCUCAGUCAAGAGGUCUUCUAUCCCCAAUACAAACUAAUUUUAAUGAAAAUUCCUUACCUGCCACGUAUCAAAAAAGACACAUGGUCCAAAUAGUGUUAUCUUGUUUUGUCCUAGGUCAAGCUCAUAAGAUUUCUAUUGACAUUUGCGAAGUUAAUAAUAUUCUUGACGCUAAUGAUUCUAAGAAAUCUAAUGAAUUAGUGCUAUGGAAGGUUGCAAUUCCAUACAAGGAUAAUCAGUUGAAUGUACUUAACGAAAAGUUUAAUAAAGGAAAAGAUAUCAAACUUAUACUUGGUGAAGAAUUGGAUUCAUAUGCUUCUUAUAA